CGCGUCCGCGUGGCCCCGAACCACACGAUGACGCACGUGCUCAACUUCGCGCUGCGCGAGGUGCUGCUGGGCGGCAGCGAGGGCGCCAAGGCCGACGCGGAGAAGACGGGCGUGGACCGCUGCGCGCAGCGCGGGUCCUACGUCGACGACGAGCGGCUCCGCUUCGACUUCGCGUGGGACGCGCCGCUGACGGCGGACCAGCUCAAGGCCGUCGAGGCCAUCGUCAACGAGACCAUCGCCGCGGGCUUGGUCGUCGAC